AACGCGACGUACUCUUUCUGCUUGACUUCCCGCGACAAGUCAGAAAGAAGAGAUUCCUGUUGUUCAAGAAGUACAUGAAAAAACUCAUCGAGCAUAUGCCAAUCGAAGAUGGCCGCUUCAUGGUUGGAAUUAUGCAAGUCGGUGAUGAGGUGGAGCCCAGCAUGUACUUGAAGUUCUCAAAGUAUUUGAGUCGAAAUAUGUUAAAGUACAAGAUUAACAGAAUGAAAAGAUCUGGGGCAAAAUACAGUUUCAAUGUUGCUGCUUUCCGCCAAGCUGGUUAUGAGUUUCAUAGAAUGAACUACAUGUAUGGUCGAGCAAAUGUCGAAGACGUCCUCAUCUUGGUAACCACGAGGUCUUUAAGAGAACGUCCACAUUGGGACAGCGACCUCACAAGAGCUAAAAAGGAAGUUGUCACCUUCCGACAAAUGGGUGUGCAGGUCAUAACGAUUGCUUUGGGAGGGGAACGUUUCCGUAUCUCAAUGCAAAUGCAACAAAUGGCCAGUCAUCAAGAAAAAAUCAUUCUUAGUAGCUACAAGAAGUUGGUAAAAGGGAUUCAAAAGUAAACAAUGUGAUGGAAGUAGUCUGUCCUCCGAAUGAUGCUCUUCGAGCGACACAACCUCCUAGUCCUGAUUGUCGCCGAACACCUCACGAUAUCUUCUUUGUCGUGGACGGAUCCGCCAGCAUCAAAUCUGAAAACUUUGUCCACGUACGAAAAUUCCUUAUGGAUCUCCUCAUGCUUCUUCGUGUAGGAAUUUCAGAUAUCCACAUAGGACUUCAGCAGUUCAGCCAGGUCGACAAGACGGAGUUCUUAUUGAACUUGGAUAAGUAUUCCGCAGAAGAGCAGAUGCGAGUGGUGGACACCAUGAAAUACCAGAUGGGAAGGAGAACCAUGACUGGUGAUGCCUUGACUAGGGUUGCAAAUAAGGUGUUCACCGGUGAUCCGUUAGAUGGAGAUAGGCCUGGGGUCAAGGAUGUCCUGAUUAUAUUCACCGAUGGCAAUGCGCAUGAUCUGCGCGUUGCAUUGAGACAGGCUGAGAUUAUAAAUCACGUGGCGUCCGCGUGGUCACCAUCGGGGCCGGUGUCAGAAGGACGUGAGGAGAUUCGAGGACGAGCUGAAACAAAUGUGCACGAAUCCGGAGGAAGAUUUCUUGAUGGUCGAUUUUGAAAACCUCAGUGGGUUCGCAAACGAGGCGUUCCCGUUGAUUUGUAGAGAGGAGAAGAAGAAGAAGAAGUUGUGAGGUGGAGAGAAGGAGAGCGUUCUGAUAUAUGGCUGUAGGUCCGAAGGAUCUGAUACAUGCCGAUAUCAGAGAUUGUGAGAAGAAACAUAGCGAGUUUGUCCACUGUAAUUUAAUAUAAUAUGUUGAAAGAACAGCGAAUAACAUCAAAUAGACUGUAUAUUUAUUGACGUAGCUAACGGUAUCAUAUUAGAGAGAAGAAUUAAGCUAGCUGGUAGAGCGAUAUUGAACUGUUUCCCAAAAGUAGAGAGUUCACUAGUGAACAAUUUAAGUGCGAAUUUGAAAGCUUGUUUCAUGCUUGUCUUUAUCUUCUCCAUUACUGGCGCGCAGUACAAAGCAGUGGUUUGGUGUACUGAUAUCGUGCUUUGAUAGGAUUAGUGUGAAUCAGUCUUAUGGUAUGGACUAUCCAGGUUUUGUACAAAUUGUUUUUAGAAAGAAAAGAGUUUCUAUAUCAAAA